GCGCCUCCGGGUGCCCGUGGGUCCCAUGGUGGAGUUCAAUGUACCCUAUUUAUAUGUGCCCGGCCACGGCCCACAAGGCGUGGGGAACAAGACAUCCAAUCCUGAAAUAUUUGGAGGAAGAGAUGGCAGAGCAGGAUGGUCCUCUGCAUAUGUACGUUCCAGGGGACAUCAUCAUUGGUGGACUUUUCCCUGUUCACUUGCAAACUAACAGAACCACCAUGCCUGGGAAUGCCCACUGCAUGCGCUAUGAUGUUCAAAUGUUCCUACGAAGUCAAGUGAUGACAUUUGCCAUCCAAGAAAUAAACCAACGCACUCCAAAGGUCCUGCCCAACCUGACAAUUGGAUAUGACAUCUAUGAUACUUGUGGAGAUGUCACAUUUGCCAUUAGAGCAACAUUUGGGUUAUUAAAAGACAAGUUCAAUAGCUGUUUUCAACCUGGAGACAGCAAUUCUACUGUACCUGAGCCACAUGCCAAAGUAGUGAUUGGUGAGAGGUAUUCAGAGGUGUCCGUCGCUGUUGCACGAAUAUUAACUCUGUCAUCAGUUGCACAGAUUAGUUAUGGAUCGACCAGCGAGCUGCUCAGUAAGAAGCGAAAGUUCCCCACUUUUCUGCGAACACUUUCUAGCGAUACAUAUCAGACGAAAGCCAUUGCUAAGCUGGUGGAGAAGUUCAACUGGAAAAUAGUGUCUGUUGUGGGAAGUGAUGAUGAGUAUGGAAAGUACGGAAGUGAACAACUUAUUGAUAUCUUCACUGAAAUGGACAUUUGCAUUGACUUCAAGAAGAUCCUUCCUGGUGACUUUUCCGUCGAUGAGUCCAAAGCCCAUGACAAACUGGAAGAACUGAUGGGGCUCCUCAGGAACUCCACUGCUGAGGCCAUCAUCCUCUUUACCAAGGGAGCCAAUGUUGAUGUCAUCAUGAAAGCUGCUAUUCAGAACAACCUCAGCAGAAUUUGGAUCGGAAGUGAUUCAUGGUCCACAUCCACAAGGAUUGCAGAGAUAAAAGGCAUCUAUAAGGUCGGGCAGGUCUUUGGAUUCAUCUCUAAGAGGAACGAGGUCCCUGGUUUUAAAGAUUAUGUCACUUCAAUGUUCCAGGGAACUACUAAUCCAUUUUUGGAACAAUAUUUGAGUUAUUAUCCACGCUGCAAUUCCUCGGAGAAGAAUAGCAAGAAUAAUUGUUCUCUAACAAAGAGCCAACAUGGGUCUAAGCAAUGUCUAGACCCAAGGUGCUUGGUGAAUUAUAUUGACCAGGAUGAAUCAUACAAUAUCUACGUAGCUGUCAAAGUAAUUGCCGAAGGUCUCAGACAAUUACUGAAGUGUGACAGUGAGAAGUGUGGACGGAAUGCCACAUUUACAGCGUUGGAGCUUUUUCAGGAAAUCAAGAAAGUCAACUUCACUGUGGACACCACGCAUAUAUUUUUUGAUGAUAAUGGUGACCCCAGUAUAGGCUAUGACAUUGUGAACUGGGACAUGACUGAAUCAAAAGUAGACAUUAAAACCAUCGGAGAGUACUGGCCAUCUGGAAAAAUCAAACUCCCAGAUGAUCUCAUUAGCAAAAUGUGCAAUGUGACGGAAACAACCAUGAACUGUUCUAAAAGCUGUGCACUAGGACAUGAGUUAAGAAAACCUGAGAAUGGCUGCUGCAAGAAGUGUGUGCCAUGUCACGAAACAUCUUUUUCUCCUGGAAAGGGUGUGAAGUGUGAGCCUUGCCGUAACUGGGAGUAUCCAUCUCCAGAGAAGGACAAGUGCUUGAAUAAAACUCUUGACUUCCUUAAGUGGUGGGAUCCUUUUGCUAUCGUGUUGAGUUUCUUUGAAAUUGUGGGCAUUGUUAUUACCAUUUUGGUGACCGUUUUGUUCGCAGUCCAUCGUAACACCCCCAUUGUGAAGGCGGUUGGAGGCUACCUGUCUUUCUUGGAGCUUUUUUCCUUGCUGGCCUGCUUCUGCAUCACAUUUACGUUCACAGCAAAGCCCUCUACGGCGUCCUGCGUGGCAGGCCUGCCUCUCUUUGGCAUAUUGUUCACCCUUUGCAUCUCCUGCAUUCUGGCCAACCUUCUCCAAAUCCUAGUGUGCUUCCGCUUUGAUCAGAGAAAAAGUGCCUGGCUGAAGAGACUAAAUCGCCCUGUGGCUGUGGUUGCCGUCAUCUUUUGUGCCCAGCUGAUCCUGUGUGUGCUGUGGCUGUACUAUCGGCCUCCCAUCCCAAAAGAAGUGUACCAUGCAAAGACCAUCCUGCUGCAAUGUGAAAAAGGCUCCAAGGAAUUCUUUGGUGUCAUGUUGGGCUACAACGCUCUCUUGGCAUUUGCAUGUUUCCUGUUUGCAUUCCAUGGGAAACUGCUGCCAGAUCUGUAUAAAAAUGCAAGUUUCAUCACUAUCAGUAUGUUGCUGUAUUUAGUCAUUUGGAUCGUCUUCAUCCCGAUCUACAUCAGUAUGGUAGGGAAGUACACACGGGCUAUCGAGGCUGCCGCCGUUCUCGUUUCUAACUACAGCAUCCUGUGUUGUCACUUGGCCCCCAAGUGUUAUAUCAUGUUGUUCAGGAAAGAGAUUAAUAGUGAGCAAGCCAUCACUGAGUACAUCAGGAAGCAUUGUGAACAGAAAGGCAUAGCUGUAGUUAAAUCAUAGGCCUUUUUUCUCUUGGCCAAUGGACAAUGUCAGCAGACUUUGUAUGCAUGCAUCCCGUUAUCCCACAACUUUUUGCAGCACAUAUAGCUUGCUGUAUGAAUCAGAAAUGAUCUCCCCAAGCUUGUGUCUCUCUUGCAUUGUAAUCUUUAACAUCAUUUCAUGGCCUACAUAAUCACAAAAGAAAGAUAAAAAAAAUUAACAACCGAAUCUGAAUCUUUUGUGAAGCCAACUGCUACCAAUCUAGGGGUGAAAAUUGACUCUGACCUAAAAAUGGACAAAUAGAUAAAUGCUGUGGUGGGAAAGAGCUUUUUUCAGCUUAGGAGGCUGUCCAAGGUCAAACCCUUUUUAUCGCGUUCUGUUUUUGAAAUGGUUAUGCAUGCUUUUAUGACAUCCCGUCUUGGCUAUUGUAAUGCCUUGUAUGUCGGCGUUAGUCAGGCCUCCAUCUCCCGCUUACAGUUAGUCCAGAACGCUGCUGCUCGUUUGCUAACCGGUACACGUAAGCAAGAGCACAUCACCCCUGUACCAGCCUCCCUCCACUGGCUUCCUGUGCCUUUUAGGAUUGAGUUUAAAAUUUUACUGUUUGUUUUUAAGUGCCUAAAUGGUUUCCUGUUUAUGCAUUAUUUCUUUCACAAGUUGAGUCUAAGGAACUUUAUAUAUUUUUUAUGCGUUUGAUCAUAGCAUCCACACUUACAAGCUUUAUGUUGUGUGACACAUUUUACUUCUUGAAUAGUAGUUUAGCCUUUUUCUGUUUUCACUGAAAUGUUUCUAUGUGAUUGAUACUUCAUGACUAUGUUAGUUUGUAAUUUAUUGUACAUAAUACGUUUUCAUAAAGUGCAUCAAAUAACUCAAACACCCAAAAUUUGUCUUGAGAACAAGCUUGUUAAAAAUGGGCAUAUUGCAGAGGAGAUGUUUUUAUUGAUCAAUGCUGUUUAAAGUGCGUAUUGAUUAAAUUGCUUUGGAUGUCUGAAAUUUGGUAUCAUGAUAUAGUCUCAGCGUGUUUUGUUGAAUCCAUUCGCAAGUGCCAGUUUUAUCUGCUUAGGCACUUUACCCUUGCAAAGUACUAAAAUGGUUUUGUAACUUUGGAUGUUGUAAGUAACUAUUGCUGAAUGUAAAUAAAAGCAGGAGAAAACA